UAAAAAUACAAAUUUGUGCUGGAUAUUUUCUUAUAAUUUUAUUAGAUUAUUUAUUAAAUUUCGUAUUAGAAUGAAAAUUAAAUGUGAAUAACGCGUGAUCUAUAAAGUUUAUUACGAAAGUCAUAUAUUUUGUAAUUUUAAUGCAUAACCUUUUUUGUAAUUGUCAUAUUACUGAGAGGAGCAAAAUAAUUUAUUUAAGAGUAACAUAUUUAAAAUAAUUAAUUUAUUUUAAUCUGUGUAUAUAAUAAGACUUCAUAAUGUCUAUAUUGCAAAGACUGUCAAGAUUUCCACAAAAUUUAUAUUAUGCAAAAAAUGUUAUUAAAAGAUAUCCAAAACGAAAUGAAAGUAUUUUAUCAGCAUCUCAACAAUCUUCAAUGCUAAGAACUGUAUUUAAAGCAAGUCUGGUAGGAAUUUCUAUAGGAUUUCCUGUUGGUAUAGCUAUUACCACAGGAUAUUCUUGGUAUAAAAAUAUGGAAGCUUCAAAAACAUAUCACCUUCAAGGAAAAGAAGAAAAAAUUAAAAUACUUAAAGAAAAACCACCAAUACCAGUUUCUAGAGAAAUUAUUUUUCCAGUGGACACUACUGAAUUAAAAUUAACUCUUUAUCAAUAUCAGACAUGUCCUUUUUGUUGCAAGGUCAGAGUUUUCUUGGAUUACUAUGGAAUAUCUUAUGAAAUUGUGGAAGUUGAUCCUGUAUUACGGAAAGAAAUAUCUUGGUCAUCUUAUAAAAAAGUACCAAUACUUUUAGCACAAGUAGAUUCAGGAUAUCAACCUUUAAAUGAUAGUUCAAUGAUUAUUUCUCUACUAGCAUCAUAUUUGAAAGAGAGAUCCCAAAAAAUUAAUGAUUUAAUAGAAUAUUAUCCAAGCAUAGCAAUGCAUGAUGAAAAUGGAAGAUUAAAAUAUGAAAUUAUGAAUAAAUACUUCUUAAUGUAUCAAGAUAAUUUACCUGCAAAUAAAAUUAUGGAUAAGAUCAUGGAAGAGCGUAAGUGGAGAAAAUGGGUUGAUGAUGAAUUUGUGCACACACUAUCACCGAAUGUGUAUAGAACACUUGAUGAAGCCUAUAAAACUUUCAAUUGGUUUUCUAAAGUUGGUAAAUGGGAAGAAUAUUUUCCAACAUGGGAAAGAUUUAUUAUGAUAAAUGUAGGUGCAACAGCUAUGUGGCUUAUAUCAAAACGAUUAAAAAAAAGACAUCAUUUAAAACAAGAUGUUCGACAAUCUUUGUAUGAUGAAAUCAACAAAUGGUUAAACGCUAUUAAUAAACAUGGUGGUACAUUUAUGGGAGGAGAAAAGCCUAAUUUAUCAGAUCUUGCUGUAUAUGGAGUUUUGAAGAGCAUAGAAGGAUGCAGUGCUUUUAAAGAUGCUUUAGAUAAUACAAACCUUAGCACAUGGUAUAAUGCUAUGACAAAGGAAGUAGAAACUCAUUCAGGAAGCAAAUAUUUAAUGACUAAAUAAUAUAAAUAAAACAUAUUGAUUUGUAUUGUUUACAUUUUUAUUAUCUUAUUGUUUACAUUACAGUUCUAUUAUCAUUUGUUUGUGAUUAUUUUUUCAUAAUUCAUUUUGAUCAUUAAAGAAUACUAGAUAGAAUAAAAUUAUAUUUUAUGCUCU